UGCGGUGGUGUACGAUUGGGCACUAACAUUUGGACAAGAGUUUGAACUGGUAUGGGUGAGCAGAGUCCCAUAUCAGAAAAACAGCGAGAUAAUAUGAUUAACUCGGGCCAGAAGCAACGAUGGUCCCAUACGACUCUUCUAUAUCUCAGUGUACGUUAGAAGCACAGUUGGCUCUUUAUCUUAACUUCAACGUAUUCCAGUGCUCUCCUACAACCAGCGCCGUCGUACUUACAAGUCUUCCGUCAGUCCCAGUGACAGAUACAGUAAGCAAUGUCAUGUACUUCACUUUAAAUUGGAUGACUGUGGUGAUAAUUGCCAUGCUGUGCGUCAUUGUGACCUGUCGGUUAUAUGACAUGUAUCAGCGAUCCAGAAAGAUGCUUAUCUUUCUCAUUGUGAUCUUCCUGCUUGUCACAAUCACAUGCGGAGUGGUCGCCGCAAUAUUAAACAGCCAUGUUUCAGCAGAGGAGUACUUCCUAUCUGGCACCUAUCUGUGUAAUUAUGAAUAUGAUGGAGCCGCCCAACUUCUGAUUCCCAUGACUUGGUUGCUCUGCACUAUAUGGGAGGUCCUCGUUCUGUGCCUUGUAGCCCGGAUUGUUGUAAAACACUUCCGUGAACGGACAAUGGGAUGGACCGUCGUGGAGUGUUUCACGGUGCUAAUAAAAACACCCAUGGUUUACUUUGUAAUCUCUAUUGCUGUUUCUUCAUUGAACCUCGGUUAUUUUUCUCCAAAGCUCUCCAACUCAUUGUCCGUGGGCUCUCAGGUUUAUUAUGGUGUUUGGGAGGUUUCCUUGUUCUUGCAGAUGUUUGUGCUGGGACCACGCCUCAUCCUCAACGUUCGAGAAUAUCACGCUAAGCGCGUGGUCGACUUUGAUGCAUUGACUACAAUCGUCUUCCAGGAGCACGACCAUGUGUCAGCUGGCAGUGAUGUGUAGCACGGAAAAUGUUCCAAAAUUAACACUUGCCGGGUUGUCGCAUCUGCAGGGAGCACAGGAAGUUCAUUUGGAGUUUUGUCAUGGAACUAAUAUUGUAUUCCGAAGUUGGCUUGAAAGAGAAGUAGGUCUUGGCACGCAUUGUGUUUCCUCACGAUCGGAACUGCCUCACUUUGAAGAUAAUAAGAAUAGUGUUUUGCAACCAGCCAAGCAGAUCGCGAUCUCAGGAAGUAACCCUUACUUUAAUGCUGGAUUCAAAGAUGGCCUCUACUUGAGCGGUGGCGAUAGGAUAUGCAUGUUUCGCUGCUUUGACGACGUUUCUCAUUCGAACGGACGUGCUCCGUUAUGUUCCAGAGGACCUUGUUAUCUGAACGUUGCGAAAGGUGAGGAGAGUCCUGCAAAGGCUGGCAGGGCUCUACCUGAACAAAUCGUUGGAAAAUAUUAGGCUGCUAGAGUCUGGGCGCGUCC